ACCGUUGAGCAAGCAACAUGCAGUCCCAUCUCAUCGCCAUUCUGCUGGCCUCCGUGGCCAUCGGUUCCUGCCUUGCAAAUCCCAGCCUCAUCUCUGGUCCUUCGAGAAUGAUGGAGGUUAUGAGUGCCACUAGUGAAAGUCAACGGAAUAACCCACAAUUGGCGGCGGCCUGCUUCGCCUACUACAACGACGUCUUCAACUCCGACUACGAGGUUUACGAGGUGGAGUACAACCAGUGCCAUGAUAAGUACAACGGCGGCCGAGAGGAAGCCCUAACGCGGUACGAUCCUGUCGUCUGGAAACUGAGCAACUCCACCGCCUACUCCUGCAAAUACAUGCUCAAUAUCUGCGAUGACCAAUAUAACAGUCAGAUCUCGCUUAACUGCUACGCCAAAGAAGGUGUUAGGACGUCCAAAGUGUUGGCUAGUGUAGCCUUUAACGCAUCGGAAUUCUAUGGAGCCCUGUCGCAGGAGAUCGAGCAGAUCGCUUAUACCCGUGAACUCUGCUGCAACACCUCGGCUAGGAACUACGAGAUCCGCUCCGAUGAGUCCUACGCGUCCUUCCAGAGUUGCCUUUUGGGCCUGACUCCGGUGCCGGAUAAGACCACCACCACUUCGAGCACCACCAGCUGGCCAACCACCACAACCAGCACCACCCGCGUGGUCUCUGAAACCACAACCGACCGCUCAUCUUCCAUCUCACCCUCGACCAUUUCCCAUUUCGCAGCCAAUGAAGGCAACAGUGCCCACAGCAAGCACCGAUGGGGCAGCAAACUGUACAAUGCUUACAAGCAUAAUGGUUAAAACGUGAAGAAUAUUAAAAAAAAAACGAAUAAAUAAAAGUAUAAUUAAAAGAAAAAA